UAAUUGAAACGAUACUUACCUUCAAGGACCUCCUUCGCGGCAAACUUCAAGGGUGCCGGCCGAGGGCUAAGCUAGCUCAACAGGACCAUCAGAGGUGUUUUUUGUCGGUGAAACAUGCAAAAUGGAGCGGUUUGUUUCCUCUGUCACGAGCCUCACAGAGAGCCUUCUGCAGAGUCAGCAAACCGAUUCCAGUGAUGUCAUUGAGAAGAUCUUCUCUGAAAUUUCUGGUCUGGAGGAUAACGUGAAAAUCGUGGAUCCUCAGCUUGAGGAGUGUGCCAUCCAGCUGUGGAACUGGGCUGUUAGUAAGAAUGUAGGUGCCUCCUUGAGUAAAAGUCAGAAAGCUAAAGUGCGCCAUGCUGCAUGCCGCCUGCUGUACUGCAGUGAGCCUGAUCAUCCAACAGAGGGCAUCAUCCGCAAGCAGAUCCUAAUGGCCAGCAGAACUGGAAGGACCUGGCUGGACUGCAAGAAUCCCCACAUGGCAGAUCACUUCCUCAGGCUUGGUGUCAAGAGCGUGGAAACUCUCUACAACCAGCUCGCAUCCAGAGGUGACGGUGCAUCUGACCUCAGCUCAUGCAAAAUGGAUGUGGAGAAGGACCUGCUCCGAGUCAUCUCCUAUCAGGCAGAAUCGGCUUUAAUCCAAGGGAGUCACCAAGAGGCUGUUGGCUAUGUGCAGCGUUGUAAAGACAUCUUACAGCGCCUACCAUCACAAACUACGUACCUUUCCCUGAUGUGCUACAACUUCGGAAUAGACACUUACAACCAACAAAAGUAUGAAGACAGCGCAUUCUGGUUACGGCAAAGCUAUGACAUAGGCAAGAUAAAUGUGAAGUAUGCUCCUGAAGCAAAGGUCCAGGCAAAGGUUUUGCGUCUCUUGGCCACAGUUCUUUUCGAGUGGGACGCUCAAAGGUUUCGCGAAGAGACUCUUACUGCUGUCGACUUGGCCAACAAGGAGUGUGUGAGCGCCCAGGGGCUGUACUUAAAAAUCACAAUACUCUUGAGAUGUGGGGCCUCCGAUGAAAUCGUCAGAGCAGGUCUGAACGAGAUGCUGAAGUCGGAGGUUUCUCUUGAGGUGUGUCUCAGUACAGUCAAGCUUCUCAUAUCCGAAGAUAGAGAAGCGCUGGCCUUUGAGCUGUUGAAACGUGCGAGUCAGCAGUUUGAGUCGUCGCCCGACCUGGGAACUGCUCUUGUCCUGCACAUCGAGCUGCUGCUGCAGAGAGGCAAAGAGCUGCUGGGCAAACAGAAGAUAGAGGACAUCAUCACCGGACACUACACGGGCAAACAGCUGGCACAACAGGAGCUCUCAAGCCUACAUGCUAUAUUGUGGGAUAAAGCAUCAAAAAACUUUGAGUCCACAGACUAUGCUGAGGCUCUGCAGUGGUACAACUACUCCUUGAGUUUCUUUAAGGCGGGAGAGAUGGACACCAACUUGUCUAAACUGCAGAGAAACAGAGCUUCCUGUUUCUUGCACCUGAAGCAAAUGGAAAAGGCCAAAGAAGCCAUUAAAGAGGCAGAGCGGUGUGAUCCUGACAGCAUUUUCACACAGUUCAGCAUUUAUAAGAUAGCAGUGCUGGAGAAUGAUGUGGCGAGAGCUGCGAAGGCAGUGAGCAUGAUGGCACUUAUGUCCCAGAAUCCUGAAGCCAACGGUCCCGUGCCUGAGAACGCCACGUCUAAACUUCUCAGUCUGGCUGCUCAGAUAGCCUUGGAGAACAACCAGCAGGACACUGCCAUGAAAGCACUGGAAAGUUUGUGUGAAAGCUCCAAAGACGAAACUCUGGUUCUGAGGGCUCUCAGGUGUCUUGUCCGACUUGUGCUCUCAACAAUAGAAAAAAUGAGUGACGACAAAAGGGGUGUGAGUCUGGACGUGCUGCUGCCAUAUUUAAAAAUGGCGCUGCAGAACAUUUCACAGCGGCGGAGCAUGACUGUAGAGCAGUGCACGGAGGAAGCCAACUGGUUUAGGAAAAUUGCUUGGAACUCAGCACUGCAGUGUGAGAGCUGCCCUGACCGAAUGAGGGAUUUUUUUGUGCACUCUUACCAGCUCUCUCAGGUGUGCCGUGCCGAUCAAUCACUCCUUCUGGCCCAGAAGACGUGUCUGCUCAUGGCGGCUGCUGCCUCUCUGGAGUUCUACAGGAGGUCUCCUCACGAGGGCAGGACUCAAGAUCUGGUUCAAACUCUGGAGCUCAUUCAGUCAUGUGCAGAAGUCUGCAAGACUCUCAAAGCAACAGGAAGCUUUCCAAAAGACCCAACAGACACUCUGCUGCUCUUGUACGAGUUUGAGGCUCGCUCCAAACUGAACGACCCCAAGGUUGAAAGUGUGCUGGAGUCCAUCUUGGAGCUUGAACACGUGGAGGCCAAAGUGCUGGAGACCAUUGCAGCGUUAGCCAUGGAGCCUCCAGCACACUUCCCCUUGCUAUGCAAAAAGGCCCUGAGGGUGGCGCUGUCCGUGCACAAGAAGCAACCGCCGGCCGACCCGGCACAGCGCAGCAAGUGCAUCCACAGCCUCAUCAAGCUCUCCCUGCCCAGCGGCGUGUCCGACCUGGAGGCCCGCGUGCUGGAGGAGGCCUGGGACUACUACGAGGAGGCGCUGGCCGUCAUCGCCGUGUCCCCUGAUGACUUCCCAGAGAUGGAGAUCCUGUGGCUGCUGACCCGGGCCUGGAACACGGGCAUCCUGCUGUACAGCCUGGCUCGCUACGCCCAGGCCGAGAAGUGGUGCGGUCUGGCCAUGAGCUUCAUCCGCCACCUGGGGUCUCUGCAAGACAGCUACAAGACGCAGAUGUCGGGGCUCUACACUCAAAUCCUGGAUCGACUAGAUAAAGCAAAGAGGAACAUCUUGAUGGAACAAUAACCGCACCUAUGCAGUUCUUUGUUGGUAAUAUUGCAGUUGUAUUUACAGUAUGUAUUGUUCCACAUGGUUAUAGGCAUCCAGUUUUAUUUACAGUAUGCAUUGUUCCACAUGGUUAUACUCAUCUAGUUGUGUUUACAGUAUGUAUUGUUCCACAUGGUUAUACUCAUCUAGUUGUGUUUACAGUAUGCAUUGUUCCACAUGGUUAUACUCAUCUAGUUGUAUUUACAGUAUGUAUUGUUCCACAUGGUUAUAGGCAUCCAGUUUUAUUUACAGUAUGCAUUGUUCCACAUGGUUAUACUCAUCGAGUUCUCCUAUGCUCAAAAUUUACUUUUUUUUGUGCAGCGCUACAAAAUAAAGAAUUAGAUUCUAUUCAUUGCAACCUCAA